AAGUGAUACAGCAGGAAACAUAUUGGUAUUUAACAUAGAUUUGUUCUUUAACCCCGUGAGUUAUGCUGAAUAGCGUACUUGAAUGAAUGCACGGUGUAUUUGAUGAACUGUAACGGAAAUUUGCUGGUGUUGAAACUCGCAACUGUGUGAAUAGCACACACCGAGUCCUCUUUCCGUAUCCACUCUGUUAAUGGUCUGUACAUCCAUUCGAUUAUUAGUUUAUCUUAAAACAGUAAAAUUUCUAACUGCCGCAAAAUCAUCUAAAUAUUUUUAUAGUGUCUCAUUAAAUUCAUAAUAUCACAGAAUGAUUCAUUGUGCUUAGACUGAACAAUACGUACGUGGUUCGAACAUUUCACUUAGAAAGUACGCGUACAGACAGGCACAACAGGAAAGAAAAUCAGAACUUUCAAGAUGACAACGCUAGUGGUUUGAAGUGGUUAGAUUUGAGUGACAAGUGACUUGUUUGAGAAGUGACAGUGUUAAGUGAUGAUGUUGGCCACAAAGUGGCUGGUGCCUGCUACCCCUCCGGCUCGGAAAACCAGCGAUACCCCCGCUAAGGUGAAGGAACCUCAAGAGUCCUUCCUCAGGUCGCUGAGGAGGCGAUCUCUCAGGGUCAAGCGGUCCAAGAGCUUGGUCGUCCAGGAGAAGCGGAAAUCAGAUUCCUUCGUCAACUCUCAGGAGUGGACGGUGUCACGAUGUGUACCGGACUUGCGGCUGGGGAUUGUCGGCUCCCUCUGCUCCGGGAAAUCCGCCCUGGUCCAUCGCUACCUCACCGGCUCCUACAUGCAGGAGGAGAGCCCGGAGGGUGGCCGGUUCAAGAAGGAAAUCCUCCUGGACGGCCAGAGCCACCUGCUCCUGAUCAGAGACGAAGGAGGUCCGCCGGAAUUACAGUUUACUGCGUGGGUGGAUGCUGUGAUCUUUGUCUUCAGUUUGGAAAACGAAGCCAGCUUCAACGCCAUCUACAGCUACUAUACAAAGAUGGCACACUAUCGCAACUCUGCUGAGAUACCUCUCAUCCUGGUCGGCACCCAAGAUGCUAUCAGUGAGAACAAUCCUAGGGUGAUAGAUGAUGCGAGGGCUCGGAAGUUGGCAUCUGACCUCAAGCGCUGUUCCUAUUACGAGACUUGUGCAACCUACGGGCUCAAUGUGGAAAGAGUAUUCCAAGAUGCUUGUCAAAAAAUAGUGCAACAGAGGCUAUCUCAGUCAACCACCUGCCUGGCGACUCCCAGCAACUCUCGUCCUUCUACGCCUCUGGGAGCCCCACCUCCGCCCCGUCUGCUAGCCCCCGCCCCCUCACCACCUCUUACCUUGCCCCAGCCUGUCCCCCACUCGCCCAGCCAUGCCCACACGCUCUCGCUCAAGGAGGGAGGUUUGGGACGCCAGCUGUCCCAUGCUCUAUCGUCCUCUAGUCACCAGUUACACAAGUCCGACCUGCUCUCUGAGAACAACAAUGUUACCAAGAUGGACAACCUGUCAGUCAAUUGCAAGGAUCUGCCCACCCCCUCUUCUACCCCCACCACUGUUCGUAAAACAAGGCGAAGAUCAAACCUGUUCACUCCAUCAAAGAAGGGGGAGGAGAAGCUGCGUAACGGAGGGGAACUGGGUAGUGGGAGAGCUAUUCCACUGAAGCAAGGAUACCUGUACAAGAGGAGUAGCAAGGCACUCAACAAGGAGUGGAAGAAGAAGUAUGUGACCCUUUGUGAUGAUGGGAGACUCACCUACCAUCCGAGCCUCCAUGAUUACAUGGAUGAUGUCCAUGGCAAGGAAAUCUCCCUACAGUAUGUCACUGUGAAGGUCCCAGGACAGAAGCCCAGGGGAUCCAAGACCAUCUCUCAACCCACAUCCAAUGGCAUACAUGAUUCUCUUGGCUCCCUUUCCAUUACCACCAAUUUGUCUGUAUUUCCAGGUUACCAGUCGAAGGAGAAGCGGGUUGCUGAUAAAGUCCUCUUGACUGCAUUUGAGCUUCUCAAGGAACCAGGGCGAGUUAUUCAACCUCCCAACAAUGACGAGUCAAUGAUAAUCUCCAACAACUCACUAUACAACGGCUCUGGCGAUUGCAAGGCUGAGACUCCCAACGUCAAGAAGCGGCACCGCCGGAUCAAGAGCAGUGGCGUGAAGAAUCAGGAGUGUGAUGAUUCAGAUGGUUACGAAUUCCUCAUAGUUUCACUAGAUAACAAACAGUGGCACUUCGAGGCUAGCAACUCGGAAGAGAGAGAUGAAUGGGUGUCGGCCAUCGAACAGCAAAUACUUAAUUCUCUACAGGGUAAUGAGAGCAGCAAGGUCAAGUCUCGACUACAAAGCUCAGUGGAAGUGGCUUCCCUCCAGUCUAUCAGGACCAGGGUGCCAGGCAACACUCACUGUGUUGACUGUGAUGCUCCAAACCCUGAAUGGGCAAGCCUGAACCUGGGAGUGCUGAUGUGUAUCGAAUGUUGUGGCGUCCAUCGGAAUCUUGGCUCCCACAUAUCCAGGGUGCGAUCUCUACACCUCGACGAGUGGCCUCCUGGCCACUUGGCUGUGAUGUUAAGUAUUGGAAACGCCAUGGGCAAUUCCGUCUGGGAAGCUGUGGUACGGGAGAGGGCCAAGCCCACACCUGGGUCCAGUAGGGAGGAGAAGGAGCGCUGGAUACGCAGCAAAUAUGAAGCCAAGGAGUUUCUGCCUUCCCUGCCGACCAGCCCAUCCCUGCCCUCAUCCAUACAACAGCUUUUUGAUGCAAUCUGCAGGUCUGACAUGAAAUCUCUUCUUUUACUGCUGGCUCAUGGGGGAUCAGACAUGGCUAACACUGUGUUGAGUCCUCGUGACCUGAGGACACCUUUGCACCUUGCCUGUGCCAUGGGGAACCUUCCCAUGGCUCAGCUGCUGAUAUGGUAUAACGCCAAUGUGAAGUCAGUGGACCAGGAUGGAAGGACAUGCCUAGCCUUGGCUAGAGCGGCUCACAGAGCGGCAGGAGCCUCGGAGUCGAGUGGAGCACAAGCAGGGGCUCUGGUGGAGUUGCUGGUGGCCACCGGUGCUCCAGAGCAUGCUUCUAACCCGACAACCGCCCGACACAACAACAUUCCGGCCCUCGACAAGCUGCCUGCCAGUGUCAUCUAGAAACCCACUUCUUCUCUUGGUUUGGCCACACUGCUGGAAAUUGUUCUACCUAAUUAUUAUCUUAUGUAGUGGGUAAAUAACUAUAUAUUGUGUUAUAAUGAGGUACAACUAUGAUGAUAUUCAGUUACCUUAUAUACUUUAAAUCCCUUGAAGAAAGCACCGGUCUUGUUAAUGGUUUGUUCACAGUAUAUUUGGAGAUGAAGAAGCUUGAUUGGCAAUCCACUUGAUAUUCUGGAGAUUGGGACACAGGUCAAGGAAUAGGAGUGCUAUUAAAAUAAAUUAUUAGAGGCCACACAUUUAGUACAUAUUUUAUGUUGUAAUGUUUAAUAUCAUUUGGAAUGAAAUUUAAUUUAAUAUCCAUAAAGAGAAGCAAACAUAAAUAUUACACAUAAAAUGUACCAUUCUUAGAAACUGGUAAGGCAGUAGCAUACUGUGAAUUAUAUUAUUGUUAUUAACAAAAGCUUUAUAAAUUAUUUCAAACAUUAAUAUAUUAUUUCUGUUUUUCAUAAAAUACUGAUGCAUUGAAAAUACACGAACAAACAUAAAACAAUACAUGCAUGAUUUCUUAGUUAUUUGGAAAAGUGGAUGAAAAAACCCUAUAUCAUGAAAAUUCAGUUUGUUUGUGUCCAUUAUAUCAAACACUUUUUUCCCAAUAAAACUAUGUUUUUCUUUUGAAAUUAUUAAAGAAUCAUGAUUAAAAUAAAUUGCAUAACUAAAUUUAUGCUAUGUGUAUAUAAAUGGAAUAUGUAAUUGAAUCUAUUGUAAAGAUUGAAAGGAAAAGUGAAGUAACUGUAAUAGUACUAACACUGGAUUUAUAUAAACAAUUUUAGAUUAUCAUCUUUUUUUAUUAGGUGCACAGUAAAAUUUGAUUCCGACAAAUGUGAAAAAUUAACUAAUAGUUCUGUUGAAUAUUUCAGUCACAAAAAGGAACUAAAAUGAUCUCUUGUCAAUAGAGCGGCCAUUUUUAAUUUCUUGUCUUAACAAUCAAUUCAAGAAGUAUAAUGAAAAGUGAUUCAGUGUAAAAAUGUAACAGUGUAAGUAAGGCGGAUUACUGCCAUUGUGGUACCCGUCCUCGUCCUCGUGUCCUGUCUCCCGUCUCUUUGUAACCGGACUUACUGUUCACCUUCCUCAUGUCUGCAAGCUGCUCAUGUUUAUAACUGUACUAUACACUGCAUCGUGUAUUUAUUAUUUAUUUGUAAACUAAAUAUAAUUUUAAGUUUUUUUUUGUAUAUAUUGUUUUAAAUUAAUUGCUGUACAGAAAUCAAUAUUUACCAAACGGUAGCAGCGGUGAUUUUAUAGAAACUUUCACGCUCAAGCCAAGUGUACUUAUACCACGCCUUCAGCAGUACCCUGCCCCUCUCCUACUGUUCCCAGAUGUUAAGUGCCGAGUUCAGUCACCAACUACAUCCAGUGUAACUGUAAGUUUUCGCUUUUCAUGGGACUCCUACUAUUGUUGAUUGUAUCAGGGUAAAUGUUCUGUUAGUUGUGAUGUUUCUUGUAUGUAUAUUAAAUAUAAGUCUUCUUUAUGCUGUUUAUUUCUAGUGAAUUUACAAGUUAAUCAAAUCUCUUUAUAGAUCUGAACAGAUCUGAAUUGUCCAUGAUUUCCUUUUCGUAUAAUAAUUUUAGUAAGCAUACAUUUUAAUCCAUUUUCUGUGUUAUUCAUAUGGGUAAAGCCAUGAAUUAUUCUACUUAAAUUCGUGUAAUGUAAUUAUAAAAUUUUGUUGUAUAAUAAAUAUACAUAGAUAUCGAGAUAAAAUUUGUUUAUUGAAAAAGGCUCAAAGAUAACACAUUAAUUGCUUGGUCUGCACUUGGUAAGAAUACUUUGGUUACAGAUAUGCUACAAACAUUGAAACAUCUCAAACGUUUUUAACAAUUUUGUCGAUGAUUUCAGUGGCAAAUUUAAAUAAGUAUUUUGUGGCUCUAAAACAAUAGCUACUUUGUUUGUAUAGCAUAAAGAGUCAAAAGUGGAUAGUAUUGUCUUAUCAAAUCAUAAAACAUUAUACAUUUAAAUUGAGGAGUUAGAGGUUUAGUUUAGUUUUUCACAUCCACCGUCAAUUGAAUCUCAAGAAAACAGUUUUAACUGUUCAGUACAGAAUUAACAUUUAUGAAGUUAUUUAUGUAAAGUUAUUUGUAAUAAUAAGGCUGAAUACUGUUGGAUGAAAACCAAAUCAUGUGAUGUUAUAAAUAAAUUCAGAAUUAAUUUGUACGUACGAAUGAUAGUUUUGUUACCGCAGUUUGUAAUGUUGUAUAAUCAUAAGUAAUGUACAGUAAUUUAUGGCAACUAUUAUUUUCACUGAGCGGAACAAGAUAUUUUUAAUUAAUUUAUAUAUGAACAUUUCUUAAGAGGAUAAUGUUCAAUUUUUAUAUUUAUUUUGUGAUAUUAUGUUAAAUUAAUUAAUCGUGAUUAUGAAACAAAACAUUAAGAAUGUAAACAAUCUUUAUAUAUUUGUUGAUAAAUAUGUUUUUUUAUGAAUUUAACAUAGCUGUAAAAAUGUCCAAGAAUACAAUACCAGUUGUAAAUGAUCAUUAAAAAACGUAUUGUUGUAAUUUGCUAUACCAUACAGCUCAGUAAGUUUUAAAAUCCAAUCUUCUAGUUCUAGUAUUUAACCAAAUACGAAUUUUUUAAUAGGUUGGCAAAACAUUUGAUAAUGGAAUAGAGGUAUUUGUAGAGUUGUAAAUAGAAUUAUUUUGAAUGUAAAUAAUUGGAUCCAAAAUAGCAUUAAAUUUGGGUUUGACUGAUAAUAAUAACAUAUUUUUGAAUGAUCUAUGGAUACCAGGAUCCACUUAAGAUUUUUAACAUAAAUGAAUAUGAUUUAUAUUUACUGAGAAUAUAACUAGAAGAGGUGUACAGGGUGGAAAUUAAUUAAUCCUUGUUUUCAUCCCCCAUUUUACUGAUUUGUACUUUCAUUUUUAAUAUAGAGCAUAAAAAUUGCAAGACACAUGUUGCCUCUGCAAGUGGAAAGGUCAGAAAUCUUCAAUCUAACAUCACUUAAUUUGCAACUGUAAUUUAAUCUAUUAAAAGAAUAACAAAACCCUAUAAAUACUGAGUAAAAGUUUUUAUUUUUAGAUCUGUCCGUCAUCAUGUCAUCAGUUUUUUAAAUUAUUUUAUUUCUUUGUUAUUAAAUUUUUUAUAAAUACUUUUUGGGAAUUUAAAGUAAAUUUCUUAUUAAAUAAAUCAAAAUAUAUAACCUACAGAUGCCCGAAAAAGAACAGGCAUGAAGGGAAAAUCCUAAUCAGAUCCCACCAUUGCAAAACAAGUAUCAGCUGAUUUAUAAGGUUGUUUAUAAGGAGGCGAUUGUUAUAAUUUAGCUGAUGAUUAAAAUACUUUAUUGUUAUCUAAAAUAGAUUUUUAAUGUUGUGUCAAACAUUAAUGAGCCAAAAUAGUUUUUAUUUCAAAGUGUAUAUUGCAUAAUUAUUGAUUUUCAAUGUUUGUUACUACAAAAACACCAUAAGCUUGUCAAAAAUAAUUUUUUUCCAGUAACUGUCUGUUUCUUUUCUCAUAAGGGUGGGGGAGGAGGAAGGAACUUUUACAAUUUGCAUUCAUCAUGUUUUGAUCUAUUAAAUGUUUUUAAAAGCCAAAAUGCAACACCAUUUAUAAAACUGUCAUCUUCUCUAUAUAAACAUUUGAAAUUCUAAAUGAGUGUUCGGAGCUCCUUAUUUUGAUGUAAAUAAUAAACAUCCCUCAUCAAAACUAUUCAAAUUUGAAAUAAAUAUAUUCUGGAAAAUAUCACUGAAUUCUUAAAUUGGACAUUUAAAUAUUAUUAUAUUUUCUUAUUCCCAAACUGGUUGUUGCAUAUAUAAAACAAAAAAAUACACUACAUUGUUAGGUAUAUAGGUUUAUUAUAUAAGUAUUUUUAAUCAGUCAGUCCAGUUUUUAUAUUAUCACAAAACAAAAUAUGUUUUAAGUGGCUUUGGAUUUAGUUAUUUAUAAGUACAUAAUGGGUGUUACUAUUUCAGAAUUUUGAUUAACCUCCACCAUAUUUUUGAAAGGGUAGCUAAAACAUCUUUUGUUUUGUUUUCAUUGAUCUUGUUAAUUUUUAAUCACCCAUCAUAUUUUAUAAAAACAAUUCAAAUGUUUUUUGAACCGUGUACUGCAUUUAGUUUUUGUUUAUUAUUUCAUGUGUCCCAAGGAUAUGAUUGGUUAUUUGACAAUUUUAAGUUACACUCUACACAAUCCCUCCCUUUUCUUUUUUGAGAAAAAAGAUCAUGACAAUAUUAGAAACCAAACUUUUUCCAAGUUUUCUUAUAAAUAAUCACCCAUUAUAAGUCUAAACUUAGGAUUUUAUUGUCAGGUAUAAUUUGGGUUAUUGUAAUUCUACCCUGUAUAUGCUAGAGUUUAUAAAAUAAGAUACUUACAUAUUAUAACUGAGAUUUUAUUUCAAAAAUAUUUUCAAUUUCAAUUGUUAAGGCCAAAGGUUAAUAUAAUGCAGUUUAAGCAUUACGUUUUGGAGUUUCCAUAUCUUAAAUACUUUGUUACAAACAGUUGAAAGAUUCUUAAUUGAAUGUUUAACUGUAGAAUUGGCAGCAUUUCACUAAUUGUGUCACUAAUCAUGUGUUAUUUAUUAAUAAUUAAUUGUCUUUUAAAAUUUGAAGAAAAGUACAAUUUACAAGAGCAUCUAUUUUGUUACAGUAUUCAUGUACAGUUAUAUUUUACUAUACUUUGUUUAAUUCAUAGUAACACGGUUUUGUUGUUAAAAAAUUUUUAUAUAAGCACUUGCGAGAAAGUAAAUGUCAUGUGCAUAGCAUUCUUUUAUGGUGUAAAUGGUUAUAAAAUUACAAAAACUUACACAAUUGGAUGCAAAAAUGGAAUAGUUUUUAGUAACAUUUUAACCAUUGUAGAAUUGGCAGAGUUUAACCCUAGAUCUGUGCAUUGUUCAAUGUUAAAAAUUAUCAUCCGGUUUUCAGCACUUUACAAAUUUACUUUGAAAAUCUUACUUAUUAGGCCUACUAUAAAUGUACCUUAUUACAUAGUUUUUUAUAUAAGAAAAUUUAAAUGUUUUCAUAUUAUUUAAAAUAAUAGUAAGUAUUUAGUCAAAUAAACUUUAUUCAGUUUUAAUUAAUGUAUUUUUUAUUAUGUAUCAUAAAAUUCAAAACAAUCCAAAGUUUCUCUGUUAAUCAGCAAUAACAACAUGUCACUUAAUUAGUUUUUUGCAGAUGUGAAUUGUUUAUUCUUUAAAAAUUACUUUUUUGACUCAUAAAAGAUUAUUGUAUAUUGCAAUGUUUGAAAAUAAUCUCAAAAACAGUUUCACUUUAGUAUUAUUUUAGUAUGGUUGCUUAGAACCAAGUAAAAAUAAGAAAAUAGUUUUAUGCCACUCACAUUUGCAGACUUCUUUCAAAAUCGUCAAUAGUUAACAUUUUUCAUUAGUAGGCAUACUAAUAGAUUACUAAAUAACACUAAAACUCCAUUAUGACUCAAUAUUAUGAUAGAACUAUACAUUUGAUUUACGAAUCAUGAAAUACCAACAUAGACGCCAUACAGCUAUUGUUGAAUAUUAGGAACAGGACGUGGUACAUCCCUCAAAUUAAAGUUCAGCUCUGAUGUACAAUACAUGCAGGUGAAUAAAUCCUCAGAGUGUUAAUUGUCUCUUUUUAUUGAUUUUAAAAUAAACAUUCUUUCUAUUCAUGAAUUAAUCUUAUUUCACGGAAAAUCUCCAUUGACACAUGAUAAGUCGAUGCUGAAGAUCCAGGUUACGCAUCCAUUAACACACAGAUCUAGGGUUAACCAGCAAAAGUUAUAUGAUUGAAAUUUUGAAGCGUAAUAUGGGUUACAACGUAAUAGUGUUUCUGUUACAUGUCGUGUUUGUUGUGACAAGGUAGUUUUGUUUAAUAUUAUUUGGUAUUUGUAGUAAUAUAAAAAAGCCGGGUCAAAUAUAGGAAUCAACAAAGUUUAAUUUAUAACCGCAGUGGUAUCUUUGCCCUAUUAAUGUUUUCAUCUAAUUUCCAUAACAGUAAAUGUUUCUUUAUGGCUUUUUUGAAAUCAUAUUGAUUCUGAACUCUCAAGCAAACACUUUAUAAGACUUAAAUUUAUCUGUGUUGUAACUUCCUGAUCAUUGCUAUUGUUUGUAAUCACCCAUAAGCUGUAAACUGUGACUGUUUUAAUUAUUUGUAUUUAAAGAUGCACCAGUGUAAUUCUAAAUAUUAAAUCACCACAGAAAUAUGGAUCUUGUCAAUGUAUGAUUGUCAAAUUCCCCAUAAAAAUGUUUAUUGUUGCAUGAUAGCCAAAGAGAGUUUUAUAUAUAUAUAUAGUAACUGCCGUGUAUAUAUAUAAAAUGUAAAUAAAGAAAAUUACAAAGUA